AAUAUUUUCAAUCUGAUGCAGCAGUUCCAGCGCACAGCUUCUCAGAUUAAUACUUUAAUCGCAUUCUAGUUAGUACACAUAUUAAGAGCGAUUAAAACUGCGUCAUGAGGUGGGCAACUCUGCCAUGUUUAUUGUUGCUGAUAUGCAGCAAUGAAAUCUUUAGUUUUAAAGUUCCAAGUAUUGAUUUUGAAAUGCUAAGAGAUGAAGGAUUCGAGGUGUCCAUACCAGAUGAACCUGGCAUACUGCGGGUUUUCUACAUGUUCCAAAUAGACGACACUUGUCCCGCUCUAAUGGACUACAUCACGGAGGCAGUGAACGGAAGUUGGGUAUCCAGGCAGAAGAUGAGUCUGCAGAAUAACGACAAGCUGCAGAUAUCUAUGCUGGUGCAGUUUAAUGAGGAGAUCUUUGAAAAGAGCGAGACCAGGGUGAUCCUAAACACCCGUCUACUGACCACCAAAGACUCCAGCUCGCGAAGCAUAACCUUCCUUUCAGGAGAGGCUGAGUGUCAGGCAUACCUAGCUCCUGCACAGCAAGUCAAACGCUGCAAGCCCGCCCAAACGAUAGUGAGCAAUGGACGCCAGACUUGCCAGGGUGAACUCAUCUUCGAGGACAACUUCUCGGAGGCGCAGCUGAACAAGACCACCUGGAAACAUGACAUUCGACAGCGAAUGUACCACGUGGAGGAGGAGCUGGUGGCCUUUGACGAUGCCGCACGAAACUCCUUUGUAAAGGAAGGCGAGCUCCACAUCGUGCCCACUAUUGCCUCCGAGGUUUCCGAUGGCAGCUUCAUGCUGGGCGAUCGCUGUACGGCCGUCGAAAGUCCGGAGCAGGAGUGCAGCAUUGCGCACGGCAUCUUCUAUAGCAUCAAACCGCCAGUUUUCUCCGCUCAAAUUCACACCAGGAACUCAUUCAGUUUCAAAUUUGGCAAAAUCGUCGUGCGGGCCAAGUUGCCAAAAGGAGAUUGGCUUUUUCCCUAUCUGAUGCUUCAACCGGUUUCCACUUACGCGGAGACCCACUUUGCCAAACAACUGAGAAUUGCAUAUGCCCGAGGUAAUGCCAAUUUGAGAACCAAACAAGGCGAUGAUAUUUCCGGGAACCACUUAUAUGGCGGUGGUGUAGUCUGGCACCACGGCAAUGCGGUCCAGUUCCUCAAGGACAAAAUAAGCAACGCCCACUACGGAGACGAUUUUCACAACUAUACCAUGAUCUGGCAGCGGGAUAAGAUAACCCUGAUGGUGGACGAGGAGGUUUAUGGGGAGCUGUACGACGGACUGUCAUUCUUCAACGAGAAGUGCUUUAUUAUUUUUGGCGUUACAGUGGGAGGCUUCCUGAACUUCGACGACAGUGUACUGGCCAAGGAUGUCAAGCCCUAUAAAAACAGGGAGCCGCGGGCUGCCCUCUCAUUUUGGCAGCACCGCGAUUCUUGGGCACCCACCUGGGGAAGGCAGAGUGCGAUGAUAGUAGAUUAUGUUAGGGUUUAUGCGGAAUAACCGGA